CUGGAUAGUAGAUUUUUUUUUUUUUUUACUACAUCGUACUUUCAGGGUUAAAGUGGAAUCAGAUAUGUCUAGUGAGUUCAAAACAGAAAACGGAAUUCCUCGAGGAAGUGUAAUUAGCCCUAUCCUUUUCAAUAUUAUGAUUAAUGAUAUAUUUAAGAAUGUAAAUAGAGAUAGAAGUGCUUCAUUAUAUGCAGAUGAUGGGGCAAUCUGGAAAAGAGGGAGAAAUGUUAAUCAUGUGAUUGAAAAUCUUUCAGAAUACUUUACACAUUGUUGAAAGUUGGCUGUAUAACUGGGAUUUCAAGGUUUCAUUUACUGAAUCAUUUUAUACUGGGGGCUGAUAAACUAUCACUGUUAAAUGUAUACUGGGCACUAAUAAGAUCCACUAUUGAUUCUGGAGGAAUAAGUUUAUGGAAAAGCAUGUAAAACAAUUUUACAAAGAUUACACAGGUUUCAGAAUACAGCAAUAAGAUUAUGUUUAGGGGCUGUGAGAACAAGUCCAAUAAACGCUCUGUGCUGGUGAGUAGUUGUUACAUGUUAGACGAGAGAAACUACCAGUAGUGUAUAGCGUUUGACUAGAAGGAUGAGGAAAGGAACAGCCCGCCACUGAGGCUUUGAGUUGUGGGGAGUUGUGUGGGGAGUAUACUAAGGUAAGUGACAGAGGUUAUGGAUGGCGUAUAGGUAAGAGUGUAGAAAAGAUGGGCAUGAUAGAGUUAAACUACAGUCCAUCUGUUGUUUUAAGCAAUGAUCCUCCAUGGAUUCUCCCAGAUCCAUAUGUUAAACUACAGCUGGGAAUUGGUGUAUAUAUAUAUAUGCCAGAAUUUACUGUUAAUAUACAUCACAGACUGACUGAUAAAUUGUCAAUAUUUUCAGCAGAAAUCAUUGCAAUUAUUUUUGGCCUUCAGUGGAUAGAACAUGUACAGUCAUUACAGUCAUUACAGUCAAAUGGUCGGAUUCAACAGUGGCUCGAGGAGGUGUGGUAUCAAGGCAAACGGGCAGGGAAGAUCUCAUGAUAGAAACUCCCAUUCUGUUUUUAGGAUUACAGGGAUGGGUUUAGAAAUGUAAUUUUGUUGGGUCACUGCUCAUACGGGUGUUAAAGGUAAUGGACAGGCAGAUAAAUUGGCAAAGAAGGCUCUCAAAGUAUAUUACAACCAAGUGAUAAAAGUUUCUUAUGGUAGGGGAAAUCAUUCAUUUGAAUUGCCAUAAUUAACGCCUGGCAGAAAGAAUGGGAUACAGACAAUGAAUUAUAAUAGUUAUAUAAUAAUUAUAAUAGAGACUACAGAAGGCAGUCAAUGUUAAACACUUUAAGGGAGGAUAUCGUAACCACAGGCAGCAGAUAAUCAUAACACGAUUAAGGUGCAGGCAUGCAGGUUUUCAGUCCAUGUUUUAUAUAAUGGGGAAAAGUCAAAUGAAUCUGUGUCAUCGGUGUAACACUGGAAGAUGUAGAACACAUUAUCAUGCAUUGCAGUAACUAUAAUUCAGAGAGGGAGACAUUAAGAAAUAUAGUACAUGAGACAGGGCAGGAAUGGAGUUUAAAAUCACUACUGAGCACAGGACGGGAAAUCAGAAGGGGUUUGGUAGGUUAUAUAAUACAGGCGGGAUUAGGAAAUAGGGUGUUAUUUUUUUAUAGACCAGUCGGUAUUUAGGUGAUCUAAUGCAAUGACUUUACACACUCCGACACAGUAGGUGGCGAUGUGCACCUGUAAAGUUGGUUUUUGAUCCGCCAGUCAAUGCAAAGAAUUGGCGGGAGGUCCGGAGGACUUAAUGUAGCUGUUCUUGAGUUUGAUUUUGUGGCCGUCUUCAUUGGUGCGUUUAUUUUUCACUGUCAUCAAGGCUGUUUAUCUGAAGCCUCAUCUGGUGUAACUGCUUGGCAUUUCCAGUCUAGCAUCAGAUAUGGCCCGUGGGCACCAGAAGUUCCAGUCCCAGCAGAAGAAUGCCAAAAAGCAGGCAGAGAUCAAGAAGAGCAAAGGCCAUGACCAGAAGGCUGCAGCGAAGGCUGCUUUAGUAUACAUGUGCACUGUGUGUCGGACACAAAUGCCCGACCCGAAGACCUUUAAGCAGCACUUUGAAAGCAAACAUCCAAAGUCCGCAAUGCCCCCGGAGUUGGUUGACGUGGAGGUUGGAGUUGUAAAAUUCUACUCCUGGCAAACCCUUCCAUGGCACAGUUUCUUCAGCUAUUCUUCUCACAGAGCACUGUGAUGACCACAUAAAACCUGUAUAAUCUGUGGUCCUGUUAGAAGUGGGCCGUUGACUGAAUUAGGGUGAAGAUUAGUUUGCUCUGGGUGUUUUUAAAUGAUAACACUAAUGAGCUACUCCUAUACCCCCAGUUUGUCAUUGUAAUAAGUAUGUGGCAUAAUUGUGUGCAGCACUGUAGUAUUUGAUCAUGAUUUUGUUCAAUGUUGUAUUUUGCAGUAUAACCUUGUCUCACACCGUCAUUUCAGUGGCCUAUGUGAAAACAAACCUUAAUGCUGCCUCGUGCUCUUUAAUGUUAUCCUGUCAUUAUGGUAGAAAAGUAUUUUGACUUUGAACCUGCAUUAAAAGUCUGAACUACAUUACACUGUAAGUUAGCUUUGUUAAUUUUAUAUAAGUUUCUUUUCAUAGCAUGCUAACAAAGAUUUAAUUUAUAGAAAGAAAAACUAUUUUCUAUACAUUUGGACCGGCUGGUCAUUAACCACUGACAUUGUAUCACUGUGCUAAAGUCUGGACAGACAAGCAGUCAUGUUUCUACGUUUGUAAUAAUCAUAUCUUUGUCCAUGCAAUGUAAUGUAUAACCUUUUAAUAAAGGUGUUACUUUUAUAUUA